AAAAAAAACAGAUAUCAUUUUCUAAGAAAGUAAUAAAAACGAUCUAAUAAAAAGAACAAACAAUAGACUUGGAGUUCGGCCCAAAUUAUGUUGAUCCAGCAGAAGCCCGUUUCCUAUGUCAUAGAAAUUUUUAAAAAGGCGAACAAAUGGGCCUACAUGAAGGGUAUAUAGCUUCUAUCACUUGAUCGAAUUUUUCCUUCCGACGAAUAGGGUUUUACAGGCGUUAGACGGCGAGCUUCCACUGCCUCUGCAUUUUCAAGUCCCAACUGUAACCCUAGCUUUUCGACUCGGAGUUCUCCUUCAUCUGCAAACAUGGCGUAUGAUAUCUCAAUUUUCUGCAAUUCCUUUUUCUGUACACUAUCGAAUUGUGCCUUCUGCACAGUCUUCUUGUAAAUUAUGCCUCAGUGGUAAUAGCAAUUUACCUGUGGUUACUCGAUGAUAGAUGGAUCAGUUCUGUAUAUGAGAACAAGAUAUUGCAAUGCGUAGAAGGUUGUAAUGCAUGCUGUUUAAAAUCAAUUGGCCGGAUUGCGGUUGGUUUUUUCUAUCUCCAAAAAGUUGGGUAAAUAUGAUGAUCAGGGAAAAAUAAAUUUUGGAUCACCUAUAUUGCUAGAAGCUAAUUUCAGCUUUGAGGAAUCAGUAAUCUUUUCAAAUUUCAAUUCUGAAAAUUAAAAGUAUGGAGUAUCUUACUUGAGUUGAAGCUAUAUUUAGAUUUUGGAGUUUUUCUGACUUUGGUUAAUCACCAAUUGAAGAGUUUUGCCUUCUUAAAUUUGAGAAAAUCAAAUUUGUUGACCACUCAUUUAUUCUCUGUCUACGAUGAUCCUUGUAUCUGCAUCCUUGCCUACGAUCUCUCCUACAGUCUGCCUGAGUUGAUCCUUUUACAAUAUUGGAUUUUGCCGGAUUUAUGUCGGUUGAGUCUCCUUCUAUUCUAUAUUGUAAGCCAUGCAAUCUUCAUGAUUGUAGCAGCAUCUACUGGUUAAAUUGUCUAGAGUUUUUUUGAGGUUAUUUUUUACUUUAUUUUGUAGACGCGGUAUGGGAGCCGGUCGCAAGCUGAAGAACCACCGUAGGCAGCAAAGGUGGGCGGACAAGUCCUAUAAGAAGUCCCAUCUGGGCAAUGAAUGGAAAAAACCAUUUGCUGGGUCAUCCCAUGCCAAGGGCAUUGUACUUGAGAAGAUAGGUAUUGAGGCCAAGCAGCCAAACUCUGCCAUCCGGAAAUGUGCCAGGGUUCAACUCAUUAAAAACGGGAAGAAGAUUGCUGCUUUUGUCCCUAACGAUGGUUGUCUGAACUAUAUUGAAGAAAAUGAUGAAGUGUUGAUUGCUGGAUUUGGACGUAAAGGUCAUGCUGUUGGAGAUAUUCCUGGUGUCAGGUUCAAGGUGGUAAAGGUCUCAGGUGUUUCUCUUCUGGCUCUCUUCAAGGAGAAGAAGGAGAAACCUAGAUCUUAGAUUUUUGUAGGAAACCAUUUUGCGAUUUUGUUUCCGUGCUCUUUGUUGGUCCAUUAUUUGUCAUGUGGCUGUAAUAAAAUUUUUGAUGCUAUAAUAGAUUUGAGAUUGUUACCCAGUUUUACUUUGUUUGCUCGCCUGCCAACUUGUACCGGUUUCUGAAUCUCACUAUUGUAUGUCAAGCAAAGCAAACUGUACAGUUGCUUAAUCCGAAAAGUUAAUGGUUAAGAAGUAUAACUUAUGCAGCCGUUAGGAGUUGGUGGUGGUGUUCAUAUUUUUACUAAAUGUUUUAUCAAGGACCACAGUUGCCAUCUAUGCCCAACAUGGGUAACAUGAAUUUAGAUUUUGGAUGGUCCAAAUACCUGUAUUAUCACGUAUAUCAUCCUUAUUAACU